AUGUUAAGAAAUAUUUCAAAAAUCUACACACUUAAAGAAACUAUUAAAAAUAAAUUGAGAUAUUCAAAUUCAUAAUAAAUAUAAUACUAUUCAUUUUCUUAGUUAAUAACCAAGGCUUAUUUUCCCAAUUUUAUAAUUCCAACAAACAUUUAUUAUUUAUAGUUGAUCUCAUCUACUUUUUAAGGUGAUUAAACUUAAAUAACAAAUCUUAACANUCUUUGUUUAUUUUUAUGUUUCUAUUAUCUAAUCAAACUAUUUAUUACUUUAUCGUAAUAUCAAUAAAUAGACGAACCUCUUUUUAGUAUACUUAUUUUAGUUAUGGGUUUCCAUGAUGUGAUUAAUAUCCUUCAUUAUCUAAUUAUAGGGUAAACAUCUUAAUAUAAAUUAGAAUUUUAACCUAAUAUAUUGGCGGUAUUGAUAUAUAGAAUUUUAAUAGAUAACUCAAUUUACUCUCUUUGAAUUCAUCCAUAACUUAAAUACUUAUUCAAGAGUUCAUUAGCUAUUAUCGUCCUGUAAAUGGACUUCUCAUAAUAGAAAUUAUUGAAUAAAAAUCCUUUUAUUUUAAUUGUAUUACCAUUAAAUUAUUGUACUACUUUAUCUCAGUCUAUACUUUCAUUAUCAUUUUAUUUAUUACUACAGAUACACCAUUGCUUAUACAAAUUUAUAUAAUACUUUUGAUUAUUUAUUGGCUUAUUCCUGUACUUAUGUGUUUCAUAUGGCCAUUUGUAAUGCUAUGGUUCAUUGUACUUAGACAAGAAUUGCAUUAUCAACAAAAUAGAAAUUUAAUCAUAAGAUUUUAUGAUUAAUUAUAGAAAAUUAAAUUAAAAAAAUUAAUGGAACAACGUCCUUCGAUAUAAUAAAACGAUUGGUAUCUUUUAAAUCAAUAUUUUAGUCCUAUUUGCUAUUAGGAAAUCAAUGAAUCACAUAGUAUAAUUCAAUUGCCUUGCCAUAAAGAACAUUAUUUUCAUGCUGAAUGUUGUAAAUAAUGGCUUGGAAGAGAUCCUCGUUGUCCAUUGUGUAGAUAUGGAUUAGAAUAACAAAAAGAUGUAGCACUACUUGAAUUCAUUUGA